AUGACUUCUUUACCGGCAGCCAACUGGAGUGCAAAUGAGAGCAGCAGAUGGAACAUGAGCUUUGCUGGACCAGGGGACAGCUGGGAGCAACCACUGGGGCCACAGGCUGGGAAUGCUUCUCCCCCUGUACAGUCCUCAUCAGCCAACUUCUCCAACCAGUUUGUACAGCCCUCUUGGCGCAUUGCCCUGUGGUCUCUGGCUUAUGGUGGGGUGGUGGCUGUCGCUGUCUUUGGAAAUCUGAUUGUCAUCUGGAUCAUCUUGGCUCACAAGCGCAUGAGGACAGUGACCAACUAUUUCCUGGUGAACCUGGCCUUCUCAGAUGCUUCCAUGGCAGCUUUCAACACCCUCAUCAACUUCAUCUACGCCCUGCACAGUGAGUGGUACUUUGGGGAGGCUUACUGCCGUUUCCAUAACUUCUUCCCCAUCACUGCAGUCUUCGCUAGCAUCUACUCCAUGACAGCAAUUGCGGUUGACAGAUACAUGGCCAUUAUUGAUCCCUUGAAGCCCAGGCUGUCUGCAACUGCUACUAAGGUAGUCAUUGGGAGCAUAUGGAUUUUGGCUUUCCUACUUGCAUUUCCACAGUGUCUCUACUCCAUAACCAAGGUGAUGCCUGGGAGAACGCUUUGCUAUGUAGCAUGGCCAGGUGGUCCAAAACAGCAUUUUACGUAUCAUGUCAUUGUGAUUGUACUGGUAUACUGUUUUCCACUGCUUGUCAUGGGUAUCACUUAUACCAUAGUUGGAAUUACCCUAUGGGGAGGAGAGAUUCCAGGUGACACAUCUGACAAAUAUCAUGAACAGCUCAAAGCUAAGAGAAAGGUAGUAAAAAUGAUGAUUGUUGUCGUGUUGACAUUUGCAGUCUGUUGGCUGCCCUAUCACAUUUACUUCAUCAUUACUGGGAUCUACCAACAGUUAAAUCGUUGGAAAUACAUUCAGCAAAUCUACCUAGCCAGCUUCUGGCUUGCCAUGAGCUCCACAAUGUAUAACCCUAUUAUCUACUGUUGUCUUAAUAAGAGAUUCCGAGCUGGUUUCAAGAGAGCAUUUCGUUGGUGCCCGUUUAUUGAAGUUUCUAGCUAUGAUGAGCUGGAGCUCAAGGUAGCCAGGUUUCAUCCCACCAGACAAAGUAGUUUGUAUACUGUUUCAAGAAUGGAGUCUAGCAUGACGGUAGUGUUUGACCCAAAUGAUGGAGAUAAUUCCAAGUCUACCCGAAAGAAAAGAGCUGCUUUACGGGACACAAGUUUCAAUGGCUGUUCACAAGGAAAUUCUAAAACCAUGUCUACAACCUCCAGUUUCAUCAGCUCACCCUACACAUCGGUGGAUGAAUAUUCCUAAGGACCCCAAUAACUUUGCAACAGUUGUGAACAGGGCAGUGUUGUGCAUGAAAGACAAUGUUGUUCCACCUUAGAACCAAAUAGUCAAGCUACAGGAAGGCAGUCAUGAUCCCAGUGGUAAACCUAACUGUAAAUAUCAUAAGAAUUAUUGGCCAGGCUUACAUUUGUGCUUUGGGAGAAAUAGAGAAACUCUAAAGACAUCUGUUUACAUCAGUCUGACAACACAGUGGCACUUUGUACGUAAAACUGCUUAAGUAUUAUUUGAAACAAAUUAACAACAUAAAUUUAUUGUUCUUGUUGACCUGUAAUGACCUGCUGAUAGUCACAUUUCACUGAUCAAGAUGUAACAAAGCAGCUUCAACAUAUUACAGUACAAAAUAUUCUGGA